GUGAGCAUUGGACUGUAACCGAUCACUACUAGCUGAGUCCGGAAAAGUACCUCAAUAGAAACGCUAUCAUCAAAGUUAAUGUCCCACGCGAUGCAUCUUCCCGGCGUUUGUUUAGACACCUCAUUGUCCACAAAUCUCGAUCCCGCCAGCCUAAUGAAGACAGUAUCGCCAAUUCCGACGUGCGAUUUGGCUACUUCUUCUGCGACCAGCCCAUGGAAAACCACCUUAACCUGUCCAUUCGUGCGUCGAAGGCGAAAGUCCGGCUCCGCUAGCAGGAGGCUGAGAGAACGGGUUGAUGAUGAGUAGGGCCAUAGCAAGGUCACUACGGCGUGGAUGGAGCUGUCCGAGAGAUUCUCGAGCGCCGGUGCAAGCUUCGCGAUAGGGAUCGGGGUCGUCGACCGUAGAGGUUCGGAGACCGGAGGUUGUUGUUCGUGAGCGUCCAUCGCUGUAGACGCUUAAUGAGCAUGUAAUAUCAGCAUUUCCAUUCCUGAGUCAUAGGCCUUGCAUACUCCGGGCGGAAUGGUGUAUGCAGGGAGCAACAAUAUUGUGGUUGUUGUUGUUAUUGUUGGUCGAUCGGAUAUUAGAAGACGCGCGGGAGAAAUGAAGAUGGAAAGAUGCGGAGCGGGUAAUCUACGUCAUGGUCGGUACGCCCAUUAUCUCGUUGGGCAUCUCUGCCCGUUUACGAUCUCGCGCAAAGAAGAUGUUGAAGAGCACGGCAUUCAUCACGAGAUUGAUGCAAUCGUCAUGGGAAGAGCUUAUCGGCUCGCCUCCGACAACCCCUCGGGCUCCGAAACGAAACAUACUAUCCUUCCAACACUCACUCACUGCCCGGAGCCUGCCUCACUAAUGACACUCUCCAGCCCAAUUCGUCGUAUAGCUGUCAUCGGGGCUGGACCAUCGGGUCUUGCUGCGGUCAAGUAUCUCCUUGCCGAGAAAUGUUUCGAGCGGAUUGAUGUCUUCGAGAAGAGAAGCUCUGCCGGCGGAGUCUGGAAUUACUGCCCGGAAAUCCUGAAGGAGAAACUGACCACUGAUGUGCCACAACUGGAUCCGAACAAACCGCUCGAGGAGCCCCUAUGGUACCCGACUGGAGGCCACAACCGACCUCAAGAGGCGAUCUUUGUGUCCCCGCUAUAUAAAACACUGGACACCAACAUCCCCAAAGAGAUGAUGGGAUAUGGUGACAAAUCUUUUGAGCAGGACUCACAGGUGUUCCCGAAGCAUUCCGCCGUAAAGAAGUAUCUGGAUGAGUAUGCCGAAGACAUUAAGAACGUCAUACAGUUCGAGACGCAGGUGGUCGAUGUGCGGAAGACGGAAGGCGCUCCCCAUGCUUGGUCUCUCACAACAAAGAAUCUCCGUGAAAGGGUAGAGAAAACGUACUCAUACGAUGCGGUGGUGGUUGCUAGUGGCCACUUCGACGUCCCAUAUACCCCCGAUAUUGCUGGAAUCCAGACCUGGAAUACGGCAUAUCCGGGAAUUAUCUCUCAUUCGAGGCUCUUUGACUCAGCAGAGUCGUUUCGAGACAAGAAGGUCAUUGUUGUGGGGACUUCGGCAUCUGGAUUAGAUAUUGGCAAUCAGAUCAACGAAGUGUCCAAGGGGAAACUGCUGGUAUCCCAACGAACAGAGACCCCUCUGGCAUCUGCUGCUUCGGAUAAAAUUUAUCUUCCACAAAUAGUGGAAUUCCUACCGCCACAUACACACAACAGAGCAGUCCGUUUCGCAAACGGCCACAUCGAGCAGGACAUUGAUGCCAUCGUCUUCUGCACUGGCUAUCUUUACUCCUUUCCUUUCCUAUCUUCAUUGAAUCCCCCUCUGAUCACCGAUGGCCGUCGCACUCUAAAUGUGUACCAACACCUGUUCUAUAUCUACGACACAACGCUGGUCUUACCUGCACUUCCACAGAGGGUAAUUCCGCUCCCACUAUCCGAGAACCAGGCGGCGGUGUUUGCCCGUGUUUGGUCGGGAAGGCUCAGCCUUCCAUCACAGAAGGAAAUGAAAGCCUGGGAGGAAGCAAACAUUGCCCAAAAGGGCAACGGGACAUCAUUCCAUUUGCUACCUUUUCCGCAGGAUGCGGACUACCAUAAUUUCUUGCAUGACUGGGCGGCGACGGCGCCACUCCGGCAAGGUCUUGACAAUAACGGUGCUGGGAAGCUGUGUAAUUAUUGUGGUGAGAGGCAAAGGUGGAUACGGCAGAGAUUGCCUGAGAUGAAGCGGGUAUUUUCGGAGAAGGGCCAGGAGCGAAGCUCUAUCAAAAACCUAGAGCAACUUGGCUUCGACUAUGAUAAGUGGAAGGAGCAGGAGGGUCAUCGAGAUGCUCGAUUGUGAUAGAGUAUACAUUUAGAUGAUAGAUACGAGUCUGCAUACAUAGAUGUUCGAAGAAAUCCACAAACACGUUUUGUCUGGGAAGCGAGCUACU